GCUUUAUUCAAAAGGAUUGAAAUUAAAAUAAUUAAAAUGAAAUUUUUACUUUUUCAAGUCACGUUGUUUUGUUCAUUAGUGGCAUUAAAUGCAAACCCAAUUGAAGUUGAGCAAGAAUAUGGUGAUAAGUUCCAGGGUGAUAUAGUCUUAACACCAGAACAAGAAGUUGAAACAACUCAUGUAGGCAGAGUUGGUAGAACUGGAACGAUUAAUACAAAUGUUCGAUGGCCAAAGAUUAAUGGAAGAGUCACUGUUCCUUAUGUGAUUGAUUCGGUUUAUUCAUCAUCCGAAAAGAACCUAAUCUAUAACGCAAUGAACGAAAUAUCAUCAAAAACUUGCGUAUCAUUCGUUCCACGAUCAUCUCAAAAUGACUACAUCCGUUUCUUCAGUGGUGAUGGAUGUUGGUCAUAUAUUGGAAGAAUUGGAGGCAAACAAGAUCUUUCAUUGAAGAGAAGUGGUUGUAUGGUUCAUGGAAUAGCAAUGCAUGAGAUUAUCCAUGCCUUAGGUUAUGGACAUAUGCAUCAACAUUAUCAACGCGACUCAAAAGUUAGAAUUAAUUAUGGAAAUAUUCAAAGUGGAUUAGAAGUCUGGUUUCAAACUCUUGAUCCAGCUUCAUGGAAUAAUUAUGGAACAAGCUAUGACGUCUCAUCUGUCAUGCAUUACGGACCAUAUUCAUUCUCUAGAAAUGGCCAAAUGACUAUUCAAGCUUACAGCUCAGCUGAUCAAAGAGUCAUGGGACAACGCUCAUACUUAUCAAGUGGUGAUGUUGCUAGAAUUAAGAACAUGUAUGCAUGCUAAAGCUUAAUAGUUCCAAAAAAUGCUGUCGCACGAUUAAAUUUUUUAAAACCUGAUAUUUACAAUUAUAAAUUCACACACCCACAUGUUUGACUGAUAAAAUCCACAAACAAUUCAGUUUGCACAAAAAUCACAGCACAGUUUGAUGUACAAAUAUUUAGAUUACUCAUUUCAGCUACUACAAAUAGGUUAUAAAAUUAACAAUAGCAUUUUUUUGUUAUUCACAGUGAAUUUAAAUAAUGAAAAAUAAAUGUUUGUAAU